GAGUCUUUUUUUCUUUCCACAGAGUAUCUGUACCACUACCACCGCAUUUUUGCACUUUUUCUUCCUGGCUUCAUUCUGUUGGGUUUUGACUGAGGCAUGGCAGUCAUAUAUGGCUGUAACUGGAAAAAUUAGGACACGGCUUAUAAGGAAACGCUUUUUGUGCCUUGGAUGGGGUUUGCCAGCAUUAGUAGUGGCCACAUCAGUAGGCUUCACCAGGACGAAAGGAUAUGGCACUGAUCACUACUGCUGGCUUUCUCUGGAAGGAGGACUACUCUAUGCUUUUGUGGGACCUGCAGCCGCUGUUGUCCUGGUCAACAUGGUGAUUGGCAUUUUGGUAUUUAAUAAACUUGUUUCCAGAGAUGGGAUCCUAGAUAAAAAGCUCAAACACAGAGCCGGUCAGAUGAGUGAGCCUCAUAGCGGUUUGACGCUCAAAUGUGCCAAGUGUGGAGUAGUUUCAACAACAGCUUUGUCAGCCACCACCGCCAGUAAUGCCAUGGCAUCUCUUUGGAGCUCCUGUGUGGUGUUGCCCCUUCUGGCUCUGACAUGGAUGUCUGCGGUUCUGGCCAUGACAGAUAAACGCUCCAUAUUGUUUCAAAUACUUUUUGCUGUGUUUGAUUCAUUGCAAGGUUUUGUUAUAGUCAUGGUCCACUGCAUUCUUCGAAGAGAGGUUCAGGAUGCAUUUAGAUGCCGAUUGAGAAACUGUCAGGAUCCAAUCAAUGCUGAUUCUUCAAGUUCUUUUCCUAAUGGGCAUGCUCAAAUCAUGACAGACUUUGAAAAGGAUGUAGACAUUGCUUGUCGAUCGGUUAUUCAUAAGGAUAUUGGCCCUUGCCGAGCAGCAACAAUAACAGGAACACUCUCCAGGAUUUCUCUAAAUGAUGAUGAAGAAGAAAAGGGAACGAACCCUGAAGGACUAAGCUAUUCAACAUUGCCUGGAAACGUCAUUUCCAAAGUCAUCAUCCAGCAACCCACAGGCCUGCACAUGCCCAUGAGUAUGAAUGAGCUGAGCAAUCAAUGUUUGAAAAAAGAGAAUACUGAAUUGCGGAGAACUGUGUACUUAUGCACGGAUGAUAAUUUGAGAGGGGCUGAUAUGGACAUAGUCCACCCUCAAGAAAGAAUGAUGGAAAGUGACUAUAUUGUGAUGCCCAGAAGUUCUGUAAAUACCCAACCAUCAAUGAAAGAAGAAAGCAAAAUGAAUAUAGGCAUGGAAACCUUGCCGCACGAAAGGCUAUUGCACUACAAAGUGAAUCCUGAAUUCAAUAUGAAUCCCCCUGUAAUGGACCAGUUCAAUAUGAACUUAGAUCAACAUCUUGCACCCCAGGAACAUAUGCAGAAUUUGCCCUUUGAGCCUCGCACAGCUGUAAAGAAUUUCAUGGCCUCUGAGUUGGAUGAUAAUGCAGGACUAUCAAGAAGUGAAACUGGAUCAACAAUAUCAAUGAGUUCUUUAGAGAGAAGAAAAUCCCGAUAUUCAGACCUUGACUUUGAGAAGGUCAUGCAUACAAGGAAGAGGCAUAUGGAACUUUUUCAGGAAUUAAAUCAGAAAUUUCAAACUUUGGACAGAUUUCGGGAUAUACCAAAUACAAGCAGUAUGGAAAACCCAGCACCAAACAAGAAUCCAUGGGACACUUUCAAAAACCCCAGUGAAUACCAACAUUACACCACAAUCAAUGUCUUAGAUACAGAGGCAAAGGAUGCUUUAGAACUAAGGCCUGCGGAGUGGGAGAAGUGUCUAAAUUUGCCUCUGGAUGUGCAAGAGGGUGACUUUCAAACAGAAGUUUAACAAAAUCAGAAUGGACUGAGGUGAAGACAAAACCAUUUAUUGCACUGACACUUAAGACUUGGGAAGCCUGACAUUUCUAUCUGGACAGUCCUAUGUCAGGACCUUCAUGUGCCAAACGUCAGUGGUGUUUUCGUUUGAUAACAUCUCACUAGUCAGGCUAGUGGAGAGACGACCAGGUGUACAGUUCUGACCUUCCUGUGUUGUAAGUACCCGUGGAAUGGAUUUGUAAGGUAAUCUUUAUAGAUAAACCUCAAGCAACGAUUCAUGUUGUAACCGCUUCAUAUGGUUUAGUUUUCAAAAAACUUCACCAUGAAGCACAAUGUAUAUAUUUAUGCAGUUUUUAAAGUUUAUAACAGUCUGUUUGGCCAUUACUACACUUUUUACUUUAUAAUAUAAAAGCAAAGUUUUUGUCAUUAAAUGAAUGUUUGUUGAGCUACAUUCUUCAUUGCUUUAAAUGCAAUAAAGUAAUAAUCUCACUUUUAUAUGAAUAAUAUAUUUCACAUCUUUAUUAUUGCAGUUUUCACUAGAAAGCUCUGAGUAGCUUUCUCUGCUGCAGCUGUGUAUAAAAUAUUUAAAAUGUUGUAUGGUGUAAAUAAACUUUUGUCUACAUAUCA